AUGAUGUUACAUUGCAACCGGUUGGAUGCGAUUCGAUACGAAUUUCUGGGUAAUCCAUGCGCUGCCUUCCACCACUUUUUCACCACAAGUCUUUAUUACCUUAUUCGGCUUUUGAAUACCAGCACACUUGAGGAAUUGAGGAAUCUCUUUAAGGAAACAGCAGGAAAUCCUCUACAGCCCACAUCAAACGGCACCGGGGUGCAGCCGUAUCCUCUCUCACGGACUUCAGCCACCAGUUCCUCAUAUCGAAGCAGAUUUUUUUCAUUAGCCUCAUCAAUCCCUUUUUCCCAUCCCAUUGUCAGCUCGCCAAGCAACAGUUGUUGCUUCUCGCUAUCAAUUAACACUAGAUCUGGCCUCAGUCCAGACACAACAACCUCCACUGGCAGUGUAGCAUCAACCAACACUCUCCACUUCCUUGAGAAAUCCGAUCUGGUCUUCUGCUCGUGUCAGUCACACAUUGCUUCAGGAAGGCAAUCCUUCGCAGGUCCGUCGAGGGUAUGCUAG